AUGGCUUCAACAUUGAAAGUGGUGCUCUUGUUACUCUUCUCUAGCUUUACUAUCUCGCCUAUCUCUUGCUACAAGGGUGCGCAGCACCCACUAGACCCUCUAUCCCCAAAAGAAUUGACCCUUGUCCAAACCAUUGUCAAGAAAUCAUACAACCCUAGCUCAAACAACAGCAUAUCAUUCCAUUAUGUAGGGUUAGAUGAGCCAGAAAAACCAACUGUUCUGUCAUGGCUAUCGAAACCCAGCACCAAAACCCUUCCUCGCCGGGCACUAGUCUUUACUCGAGUAAAUGAGCAAACCCAUGAAAUUAUUGUAGACUUAUCCAAACGCAUCAUUGUAUAUGAUGAAGUUUACAAGGGACUUGGCUAUCCUUUACUUACAGCUGACGAGCAAAUAGCUGCAAUUCAGUUGCCAUUAAAAUACGGCCCCUUUAUCGAAUCAACUAAAAAGAGAGACCUUAACGUUUCAUAUGUUGUUUGUUCUACUUUUACAGUGGGGUGGUUUGGAGGAGUUGAGAGAACUAAAAGGGUGGUAAAGGUUCAAUGUUUUUAUAACAAGGGCACCGUUAAUUUGUACCUCAGACCAAUAGAGGGAAUACGAAUAGUUGUCGAUCUUGAUAAAAUGAAGAUUGUUGAAUACAGUGACGCGUUCAAGAUUCCGGUACCAAAAGCAGAGGGAACUGACUACAGAUUUUCCAAGCAGCAUCCGCCUUUUGGUCCCCGUAUCAACGGUGCAGCCAUCAUGCAAACGAAUGGACCUGGCUUCGAGAUUGAUGGCCAUACUAUCAGAUGGGUCAACUGGGUGUUUCAUCUAGCAUUUGAUGUCCGAGUUGGACCAAUUAUAUCUCUGGCAUCAAUUUACGAUCCAGAAAAGCACACCUAUCGCAGCGUGCUGUACCGAGGACACAUAUCUGAACUCUUUGUCCCCUACAUGGAUCCAACCGAGGAAUAUUACUACAAAACAUUUUUUGAUUGCGGAGAAUUCGGGUUCGGUCAAAAUGCGGCUUCAUUAGUGCCCCUGGCCGAUUGUCCAAAUAAUGCAGUAUUCAUGGACGGCUACUAUGCAGCACAUGACGGUUCAGCAGUGAAAGUAGCAAAUGCUUUUUGCAUAUUUGAAAGGCACGCUGGAGAUAUCAUGUGGCGACAUACCGAGUUGGGGAUUCCAAACCGAGUGAUCACUGAGGCUAGGCCUGAGGUAAGCCUAGUAGUGAGGAUGGUUGCCACGAUCGGUAACUAUGAUCAUAUAAUAGACUGGGAAUUCAAGCCAAGUGGUUCUAUCAAAGCUCAGGUUGGUUUAAGUGGAAUUCUUGAAGUGAAGUCAACAACAUUCACCAAUGUGGAUCAGAUAAAUGAAGAAGUUUACGGUACAUUGUUAGGAGACAAUACAAUCGGCUUAAACCAUGAUCAUUUCUUGACUUACCGCCUUGAUCUUGACAUUGAUGGUGUUGCCAAUUCUUUUGUUAAGCAAAAUUUGGUAACCAAACAUGUGAAGGAUAAUGUCUCACCAAGGAAGAGUUUUUGGACUGUUGUUAGUGAAACAGCCAAGACUGAAUCGGAGGCGAAAAUUCGCUUAGGGAUGACUCCAUCUGACCUGGUAAUUGUGAAUCCAAAUAAGAAAACUAAACCUGGAAACUAUCAUGGCUAUCGUUUGAUACCAGGGACAGCUACACACCCCCUUCUGCUAGAGGAUGACUAUCCACAAAUUCGUGGAGCCUUCUCUAAGUAUAAUGUGUGGGUCACCCCAUAUAACAAGUCUGAAAUAUGGGCAGGAGGAAAGUAUGUUGAUCAAAGCCAAGGACAAGACACUUUAGCUGUUUGGACCCUCAGGGAUAGAAAGAUUGAAAACGAGGACAUAGUAUUAUGGCAUGUCUUGGGGUAUCACCAUUCCCCUUGCCAAGAAGAUUUUCCUGUGAUGCCAACAUUGAGUGCUGGAUUCGAGCUCCGGCCGGCUAAUUUCUUUGAAAGCAAUCCUGUGCUCAAGGUUUUGCCUCCUAAGCCUGUACGUUGGCCUAACUGCACCGCCAAACCAUAGUCUAUUUUCUUUCAUGUUUCUCGAAAUGCCAAAUAAGUUUGUCUCUACUUUAAUGUUUGCAUGUUUUUGUAUUUUCUUUGCUAUGGGCAGUUCCGUAUCGAAAACAAGAAAGCUUGCAUGAGCUCUGCUCGAUGAACUAGAACGUUUCAAUGUUAUGUUAAAAAUCAUAUGGUUUCUAACAA